GAGAGUAGCAGAGUGAUAGUGAAGAUGGCCAGCUCAACCCAGCUCAGCCUCUUCCUCGUCCUCUUCAUCUUCGUCUCCGCCGCUUACGUCGUCUCCGCCACCGACCACAUUGUCGGCGCCAACAAGGGGUGGAACCCCGGCUUCAACUACACCCUCUGGGCCAACAACCAGACCUUCUAUGUCGGCGACCUCAUCUCAUUUAGGUACCAGAAGAUGAUGUACAAUGUGUUCGAGGUGAACCAGACUGGGUACGACAACUGCACGACCGAAGGGGCAAUUGGGAACUGGACCAGUGGCAAGGAUUUCAUUCCCCUCAAGGAGGCCAAGAGAUACUACUUCAUCGGCGGGAAUGGGCAGUGCUUUAAUGGCAUGAAGGUCUCCGUUUUGGUCCACCCCCUGCCCCCACCCCCUUCGUCUUCCGCGAGUCUCAACCUUUCUUCCAACAGCUCGUCUUCAGCUCAGAGGUUGGACUUUGAUGGCAGAUUCAUGGGUUUGAGGGCUAAUCUAGUUGCUGUUUUUGGUGCUUUGAUGUGGUUUGGAUCUGGUUUAAUUCUCUAGCUGUUGGAUUGGGUUUUAGUAAUGCUAGUGAAAUGCCUUUGCUUUUGAUAUUUCCAAGUCAUGGGAAGUUUAUUUCAUUUUAGUUAUUGUCUCGGAACUGUAUGUAAUCUGCUGAAGAAGUUUGUAUUUGAAAGAUAGCCAUUCUUGGAAAGUAGUCAUUUUGUUUUUAAUUAGUUGGCAUAGUUAUGAUAUUUCAAGCGGCAUUGUUAAAUAUGAAUUAGCCCUUUUAGUUUGAUGA